CGAGUUUCUGUUUAUUCUGCAAAUGCGAAUGUAUUGUGCGUAGGCCCUAAGUUAUUUUUUAACUAACUACACAUAUGUCACUUUUUAAAAAUUUGAGAAUAUGUUGUUGAAAUUUGGAUAAGAAAACGUAUUCAAUUUAAUAUUUAGAACCAAUUUCAAGUUUUUAAGUGGUCUAUGAGUGCUUCUUGAAAAACCUCGACAUCUGUUAAAAUUUUCAUAUUCAGUGCGCCACCUUUCACUAUCUUUCCGUUUUCUUCUUCGUUGAUAAAAAAAUCUAAACUCUAUUUUGUAUUCAAGCGCGUAAUUCUCAUAAGGCAAUAACUGCUUUUUAUCCGUACUGAAAAAAUGGCUCGAGGUCAACAAAAGCUUCAAUCACAGGCUAAAGCAGCUGAAAGAGCAGCUAAAGUGAAGAAACAACAAGGCCAUAGUGCUAAUGACCAAAAAAAAGCUGCCCAAAAAGCUCUUGUGCAUGUUUGCAUUGUUUGCAAGGCCCAAAUGCCAGAUCCGAAGACGUAUAAACAACAUUUUGAAAACAAGCAUCCCAAGAAUGACUUGCCAGAUGAUUUAAAGAAUAUAUGAGGGUAGAGACUCUUACGAAAUAAAAGUAAAACAGGCGUGCAAAGAAAUAAUGAGUUUAUAAUGCCAGUUCAUGCGACUAACUGACAAAAUGUGAUCUAGAUUUUAACAAUAAAUUUUAAUAUUGCUUCUGCCGAAGCUUAAAAUAUUCUUCACAAUUUGAGAAUUAAAUUCUCACACUCUCAAACCCCUAUAAGAAAAUAAUUUGACAAACUAUUCUUACGUUAAUUAUGAUUGGGUGGUGUUUAAUUUUUCAAUUUCCCAAGAGAUUAUAUAUUUAAUAUUUUGCAAUUUUUUUCUUUGUCACGGAAAUAAAGUUGUUCGCAUGAACGGGAAACUAUUUUGCUGAGUGAAAUUAGUGAAAUUGAUGCAGAAAUUUUGAGAGGACUUUAUUCGGUAAAAAAACAAACGACACGUAGAUAAACGAAUUUAUGAAUUUGACAGAAUAUUGGAGACAGUUUGAAAUGGAUGUUUCGAGCAACAAAAUUUGUAGUGAUUGUUGCAAGAAAAAUGUUAAACUGGAGUUGACUCGCAAAUUUGUUGCAUAUACCCAUAGCUUAUUAGAUUCAACGUCCUUUAAAGUACAAUUUUAGAAAUUCAAUUUCUCUUACUGAUUGACAUACUACAUUUGUACGCCUAUGCACGCCUACUUGCAUACAAAUACUGCCGGGAUUGGAUUCUGUCAAAUUACUUUUUAAGGAUUUGCGAUCCAAUACAGUCCAUUUUUAAUUUAUUCAACUACUGCCGCAUUCUUGAAAAUCGCUGUCUUUUUGAAAUUUAUUCUUUUCACACUCGGCUUUUAACUAUUUCAUUUUUAAAUAUAAUUGUAUUUUUACACUCGAAAUAUUCGCCUUCUUUCUUUCAAACAUUUUGACAGUCACAAGAGUUUUUAAAUAAUUUGUCUUAUUUCUUGUGAAAUUUUCACGAAAAUAACCAGUAGUAUUUAAUAAAAUUACUAAACUAAGAUGAAUCAUUUUCAUUUAAAUUGCUUUUACAGAAUUAACUAUCGAAAUGAUAUAUAAGUUGAAGUAGAAUUGAAAAUCUAAUUUCCCGAGAUCUUGUAGAGACCUUUCUGGAUAUUUAACUCAGAAAAGAAUUUUUAAAAAUUCAAUUUAAUGGUAAGAUCGACGAAACAUUCUAUUAAAUACAUAUUUACCUGUGGGAUUAUUAUAUGCAUCAUGUAUCUUGUGCUACUCUAAUUAUAGAAUUUUACACCAGAA